GCGCGCCGGCGUUAUUUGAGAAAAAUCGAGCUGCAACACAAGACAUUACACAGUGCUUUUUCGGUGUGAAUUUUAAACACGUGCUGAAUAAAAACCGCGUUGCCAAUAGACAAACCAAGCUUUGAAAGUUCUUUGUUUUAACUAAUCGCAUUCUCUACAAGUUUUGAAAUCGAAGAAAGAAAAUGCCGGAAGAAAUGGAGACCCAGCCCGCCGAGGUGGAGACCUUCGCCUUCCAGGCGGAGAUCGCCCAGCUCAUGUCCCUGAUCAUCAACACCUUCUACUCUAACAAGGAAAUCUUCCUCCGUGAGUUAAUCUCCAACUCUUCAGACGCUCUGGACAAGAUCCGAUAUGAAUCUCUCACGGACCCGUCGAAGCUGGACAGCGGUAAGGAAUUGUAUAUUAAAAUCAUCCCCAACAAGAGCGAGGGAACUCUCACCAUCAUUGAUACUGGUAUUGGUAUGACAAAGGCGGAUUUAGUCAACAACUUGGGUACGAUCGCUAAAUCUGGAACAAAGGCUUUCAUGGAGGCUCUCCAAGCUGGCGCUGACAUCAGUAUGAUCGGUCAGUUCGGUGUGGGCUUCUACUCCUGCUACUUGGUCGCCGAUAGAGUUACAGUACAUUCCAAACACAAUGAUGACGACCAGUACAUGUGGGAGUCCGCGGCCGGCGGUUCCUUCACCGUCCGCCCCGACCCCGGCGAGCCUCUCGGCCGCGGCACGAAAAUCGUCCUCCACGUCAAGGAAGACUUGGCCGAAUUCAUGGAAGAGCAGAAGAUCAAGGAAAUCGUCAAGAAACACUCGCAGUUCAUCGGCUAUCCCAUCAAACUGGUAGUAGAAAAGGAACGUGAAAAGGAAUUGUCUGACGACGAGGCUGAGGAGGAAAAGAAAGAGGAUGAGAACGAAGACGACAAGCCAAAGAUCGAGGACGUCGGAGAAGACGACGAGGAAGACAACAAAGAUAAGAAAAAGAAGAAGAAGACUAUCAAAGAGAAGUACUCUGAAGAUGAGGAAUUGAACAAGACCAAGCCCAUCUGGACUCGCAACGCUGAUGACAUCACCCAGGAGGAGUAUGGUGACUUCUACAAGUCACUCACCAACGACUGGGAAGACCACCUCGCAGUCAAACACUUCAGUGUUGAAGGUCAGCUGGAGUUCCGUGCCCUGCUCUUUGUCCCCAGACGCGCACCCUUUGACCUCUUUGAGAACAAGAAACGCAAGAACAACAUUAAGUUGUAUGUCCGCAGAGUAUUCAUCAUGGACAACUGCGAGGACCUCAUCCCUGAGUACCUGAACUUCAUCAAAGGAGUCGUAGACAGCGAGGACUUGCCUCUCAACAUCUCUCGUGAGAUGCUCCAACAGAACAAGAUCUUGAAAGUCAUUAGGAAGAAUCUGGUAAAGAAAUGCAUGGAGCUCUUCGAGGAACUUGCAGAGGACAAAGAAAACUACAAGAAAUACUAUGAACAGUUCAGCAAAAAUCUGAAGCUUGGCAUUCACGAGGACUCUGCAAACAGAUCUAAAUUGGCCGAUUUACUCCGAUACCACACAUCUGCCUCUGGCGAUGAAGUGUGCUCCCUCAAGGACUAUGUUUCCCGAAUGAAGGAGAACCAGAAACACAUCUACUACAUCACUGGUGAGAACAGAGACCAAGUUGCCAACUCAUCCUUCGUCGAGAGGGUCAAGAAACGUGGCUAUGAGGUAGUCUACAUGACUGAGCCAAUUGAUGAGUAUGUAGUCCAACAAAUGAGGGAGUAUGAUGGAAAGACCCUCGUCUCAGUCACCAAGGAAGGCCUGGAACUCCCUGAGGAUGAGGAAGAGAAGAAGAAGCGCGAGGAAGACAAAGUCAAGUUCGAAGGCCUCUGCAAAGUCAUGAAGAAUAUUCUGGACAGCAAAGUAGAGAAAGUUGUUGUCUCCAACAGGCUUGUUGAGUCUCCGUGCUGCAUUGUCACCGCUCAGUACGGCUGGUCUGCUAACAUGGAGCGCAUCAUGAAGGCCCAGGCCUUGAGAGACACAUCAACCAUGGGUUACAUGGCCGCCAAGAAACACCUUGAGAUCAACCCUGAUCAUUCCAUUGUGGAGACACUCCGUCAGAAGGCUGAGGCUGACAAGAACGACAAAGCUGUCAAAGAUCUAGUCAUUUUACUGUACGAGACUGCUUUACUGUCAUCUGGCUUCACUCUUGAUGAGCCUCAAGUACACGCUUCCAGAAUCUACCGCAUGAUCAAGCUCGGUCUUGGCAUUGAUGAGGAUGAACCAGUUCCUGUAGAAGUCGAAACUAGCGCUGGUGACGUCCCACCUCUAGAGGGUGAUGCUGAUGAUGCGUCUCGCAUGGAAGAAGUAGAUUAAGUUGUCCGUCUAUCCUGUAGCCAUGUUGUAAUGGUUUUCUGUGAUGUCUCCUUGUAUUUUUUUUGUGCACUGGUGUACAGCCAAAGACUGAUUUAGUUCAAAUUCCAUUUCAAUUUAAAAUUAACAAUAAAUAAUUACAUGUAAUGUAAUAAUUUAA